AAAGAACAAGGCGCUGCUAGCUGGAGCGGCCGGGCGGGGCGCAACGGAGCAAGCGGCCAGACUUCACUGCAGUGCUAUUGCAGAAGCUUCUGCCCGCUGCAAGCAAGCAUGAGCGCCUCCGUGGCGUUGCACUCCGUUCGCCUCCUUCUCCUGCUGGUUGUUUGGGGUGUUUUGGACGUCGGGAGCAGCAGCAGCACUCCCGCAGGUAAGGAUAUUAAUAAUCGCUAUGAAUUUCCGCGGUGUUUUCUCCGGGCGGCUGGCAACCUAGGCAAACGUCCAGAAAAAAGGAUGGUCGUUGCUGCGUUUCUCAUCCCAAGGUGAGCAGUCACCUUGAGAAGGUUUGCUUCAAGGCAAAAAAAUAAAUAAAACGACGACUAUUAUUUUCUCCAAACCGAGGGGGUGGGGUUAGAUGGUUCAAGGCAUUUUAAUUUUAAACAUUUUAUUUAUUUACCCCAGUCCGAGUUUAUUUGGCAGGAGGGGGUUGCUUUGGUGAAGUGAUGUUCUGCCCGAAUCUUCACUUUGCGGCAUACUAACCAGGCUCCCCCGCCCCCUGAAAGGUUAAUUCCUACCUUAUGACUACUAAGAUUAAAAAGACACGCGUCUAAGGCGUUUCCAAACUCUGCAUUCUCCUGGUUGUAGAAUCCUUCGUGUCCUCUUUUGUAAAAGCCAUUGCCUUCCUAGUUUAAUAAGAGGAGGAGGGGGGAAAUAAGCAGGGGAGAGAGGUUAAGAUUCCAGCAGGUGGUAAAGUGGAGGCAGACAAUAGUCCCUAGGACUGGAGAUCCGUGUUGUUGGAGCAACAUUACCCAUGGAAUUAACUUAAUAAUGCCAGGAUGAUGGCCCAUUGUUUCAGCUGUGAAUGAUCACUGUCCUUUGUUUUGUGUCUGUUUGCUGCUGUGUGAAUGAUGUGCUACUUGCAUGUCAUUGCUCUUUGACUCCACUAUAACCACCACCAUGUGCACGCACACACAGUUGUAAAAACACAAGGACAUAAGAGCCUUGCUGGAUCAGGCCCAUCCUGUUUUCCCAGUGGCCAACCAGAUGCCUGUAGGAAGUGCCCCCCCCCAAGCAGGACAUGAGCACAACAGCAGUCCCCCCCACCUGUUGCCUCAAAUCUUUAUUUAUUUACACCAUUCCUAUACCACUUCAGAUAUUAAACUGUCCCUAAGCAGUCUGCAGUAAACUGAAACAACGGUUACAAAAAUGCGCAAUAAAGCCAGGAAUGUGAAUACACAGAGAUGGAACUUUCAUCUCAAACUGCCCCCUCCCCCCCACCCCGCGAACAGCUCUCAGCAUCCUGUCUCUCACUGUCACCAGUGCUGACUCUCACCGAAGACCCAACAAACUCACAGAUUUGUGCAAGUCUCACAACAGAAGAGGGUUCCUAUAUCCUUCUGACAUUGCCCUAGGGACCCAUCUGCACCAUACAAUUAAAGCGGUAUCGCACUACUAUAAACAGCCAUGGCUUUCCCCCAAAGAAUCCUGGGAGGUUAGGGGUGCUAUGAGUUGUUAGGAGACCCUUAUUCCCCUUGCCACAGUUGCAGUUCUCAGGGUGGUUUAAAAGUAGGCCCAUCUUCCCAGGGAACUGAGAAUUGAAGAUCUGUGAAUGGAAUAGGCUCUCCUUAACAACUCUGCUUUAAAUGUGCAGGUAGGACUCUAGUCUCUGGCUCCAGAUCCCCAACUUCACUACACAUUUAAAGCUAUUUUAGCACUUUGAAGUCCUGUUUUGUGCACGCUGCAUUAAAGCCCUGUUUGGCACGAUAUCUGACGAUUCUCCCCUCCCCGCAGUUUGCGCCACAGUAAAUGCAGAGGAAAUGGUGUCUGUGCUUCCUGUUUGAAAGUUUGAGAGAGUUUUACCAAAUGACACAGUGAGGAUAUGAAAUAAAGCAGCAGACCUCUUUCAUAGACUGAAUUCCAUUAGAAUUCAUGGGGUUUAUAAAGUUAUUAUUGAAAAAUAUCCUUACCCCCUGUUCCUUUUCUUAAAAAUUGUAGUAUAAUCUCCUGUACCACAAACAGCAGUUUCCAACUAGAAAAACAACCAGAUUUUGAAUUGCUAGGCGUAGGGCUGGAUCCUCCAGAGUCCAAACUCACACUCGUUACACCAAAGUCUUGUUACAAUCAUUGAGACUCUGGCUGUGUACAAUCCAUGCACAUUAAAGCAUUCAAAGCAGUUUAUUUUGCUCAAAGAAUUCUGGGUAGUGUAGAUCACCCCUAAGAGAUAUGUUAACAACCCUUAAAAAAAACUACAGUGCUCAUAAUUCUUCGAGGGAGGGGGAAUGUUUGAAUGCAGCCUUAAGCUGAUUUCAGUAGCAACUAAGUGCCACUCACUUAGUCUGGAUACAACCAAUCAUAUUCAGGAUUUCUGAGAUGGGGUGGGGUCACACGUGCCUCUGAUCUAUUUACUGCUGAAGAGGCCAACAGGUUGUAUCACAGUACAGUGGUACUUCGGGUUAAGUACUUAAUUUGUUCUGGAGGUCUGUUCUUAACCUGAAACUUUUCUUAACCUGAAUCACCACUUUAGCUAAUGGGGCCUCCUGCUGCCGCUCUGCACGAUUUUUGUUCUCAUCCUGAAGCAAAGUUCUUAACCCGAGGUAAUAUUUCCGGGUUAGCGGAGUCUGUAACCUGAAGCGAAUGUAACCUGAGGUACCACUGUACUGCUGGGAUCAGAAGGGUUAGAAAGAUAUUGAGUAGUUUUAUCUCACAUUUGUUACUUUGAAGCUGUGUUGCCUACCCCGAAUGGACCUAGUUUCAGCUUCAGAAUUCUUGAUCCCCGCAGAGUUGCAUUUCCCAUCCACCAGCACUGAGUGGUUGCUGUUAAGUCUAGCCCCAAAAUUAAGCAAGUACCUUUGUACUUUGUAGUAGCAAAGCUGUUCAGAAGCUCAUCCACAAUCUACAUUUUAUCUUAAACGGAGAAACAAAGGGACAAUUUUAAAUGGGGAGCAGGAAUGGCCCUUCACUAUGAGAAAAGGAUUUUUAAGCAUAGUGAACUUGGAGUCAUCAAGUAAAACCAUUUGGCUUCCAGUUUAGGAGAGACAAAUUACUUCAUGCCAUGGAGUAUAAUUUAAUGUAUGGAAUUCACUGCCACACAAUGGGGGUGGCUGCUAACUUAGACAGGGUCCUGCAACAAAAUGGCAUAGUGUGGAAUGUGCCUGUUCAGGGUUCCUGCCAUCCAACCAGCCAGCAACAUCCUUGAGGAUACUUCCAUUUCAUCUUCUCUUGUUUUCUGCUCCUGCAAAAGGCAGUCAGCAUUUUGUAUCCUUAAUCCUUAUUGGACUGUUUGGAUUCCUCUCCUUAGAGUUCUCCUCACUCCUGUGUCCCCUUCAAACCAAGCCUGCUGAUCCUUUUGUAUAUAGAUGUUGCAGUUUUGGCUACCUAAAUUGUCCAUGUGUGGAGAAAGAUUUCUCAGUUAGUAUGCAGAGUAGCUUUAAAAAGGAGACUAAUGAAUGAGUGGUCUCUCGUUGGUUAUGAGUCACGAUGGCUGUGUGGAAAUUCCAGGUUUGAUGUUUUGGAGUUUUGCAGAUGCAGAAGUAGGUCAUCAGGUGGGGCAAAGCCACUAGGCUUCCUGGCAAGUAGGUUACAGUUGCUUACUGGAAAGUAGAGGGGUGAGGUGGAAGGUGAUUGGCACAGUGCACAUGCACUGGCAGAAAUGUUGGAUUGGCUCUGCCAGUGGGUUUGCACCAUGCUGACAUCCACACCACCUCUCCCUCUCAGUGAGCAACAGCAACACACCAGGCAAUCAGGUGUGGUGAACCUUUGGCCUUCUAGUUUUUGAUGAACUGCAACUCCCACCAGACCCAGCAAACAUAACCAGUGUCCAGGGAUGAUGGAAGUUGUAGCUUCCAUCAAGGACUGCUCUGCUGCCCAGGAAGACUCCCCUGUGGUGAGUGCCUGAGGGCCCUGCUCUUGCCACUUACCAUCUGGCCUGGGGCAGGGCCUGAAGCCUCACAAGGACUGCUCUGCUGCCCAGGAAGACUCCCCUGUGGUGAGUGCCUAAGGGCCCUGCUCUUGCCACUUACCAUCUGGCCUGGGGCGGGGCCUGAAGCCUCACAAGGACUGCUCUGCUGCCCAGGAAGACUUCCCUGUGGUGAGUGCCUGAGGGCCCUGCUCUUGCCACUUACCAUCUGGCCUGGGGCGGGGCCUGAAGCCUCACAAGGACUGCUCUGCUGCCCAGGAAGACUCCCCUGUGGUGAGUGCCUGAGGGCCCUGCUCUUGCCACUUACCAUCUGGCCUGGGGCGGGGCCUGAAGCCUCACAAGGACUGCUUGCGGCUUGCCUCCCCUGUGUGAGUGCCUGAGGGCCCUGCUCCUUCUUGCCACUUACCACCUGGCCCAGGGAGGGCCUGACAGGCCUCACAAGGACUGCUCCUGCCACUUACUGUCUGGCCCAGGGUGGGGCUUCACAAGGAUGGUUGUUGCCAUUGAUGCUGCUACUGCCCAGGAGGACCCGGAGGGGUGCAGAGUUCUUUUUAACAUGUUUAUUAUUAUUAUUAUUAUUAUUAUUAUUAAAUAUUUUCCUUUCCCUUUAGAUUUUUAUAUAUGGGGUGGGAUGGAUGUUUGGGUGGGCUUGGGAAUUUGUUAGAUUUUGAUGAAUUUGUAAUUUUUGCAGUUUUUAUUUGUAUUGUUUUAUUGUUUUCUGGGUUGUUUUGUUUUUUGUUUUUAUUGUUUUAAGGUUUUAUUGUUUUAGGCUGCGAAAGAAUAACAUUAAUUGCCAUCAAUGGAGGCUACCAUGAGGCCUGGGAUUGCUACUGUGGAGGGGCGAAGGAGGUAUGGCGGUGGGGGCAGAUGUUAUAGGCGAAGGGGAUCGAGAUAUGGAUACGCUCGUACCCCUUCCAAUCUGCGCCCCAUCCCGAGGGACGAGGGUAGGGUGAGCAAGGAUUACUCACCUCCAUCACUGGUGCUGUGCAAUGCCAGGUCUAUAGGCAAUAAAACCGCCACCCUGCGAGAUUUCUUUAUCUCGCAGGGGGUCGACCUGGCUUGUGUGACGGAGACCUGGGUGCGCGAAGGGGCAACAGUUACCUUACGAGAGAUGGCGCCCCGGGUUUCUCCGUCCUCCACCAGUCGCGGACUGUGGGCCAGGGGAGGGGUGGCAUUAUUAAUCCGGGAAGAUUGUCCUUUCAGGGCUCUACCAUCGCCAUCGAUCCCCGGCAUUGAAUGUGUUGGCCUAGUGUGGGGCUCCGAGGAGAGCUUGGCUGUCUGGCUGGUGUACCGGCCACCUAGUGCACCAGCAGCCACCCUGUCAGGCCUAUUGGAGACGGUGGCCGGCUGGGCCUUGGAGUUCCCUAACCUAUUGGUAUUGGGGGACUUUAACAUCCAUGCUGAUGCCACUCCCUCCUCACAGGCUCUGGACCUGGUGUCUUCCAUGGCGACACUAGGGCUCUCCCAGUUUGUUUCGGGCCCCACACAUCAAGCAGGCCACACGCUGGAUUUGAUCUUUGGCGUAGGUAUAGAUGUGAUCAUGUCUCCUUCGAUGAAGGUGCCAUGGUCUGAUCACUACGCUCUGAAAGCCAGGAUUGACUUUCCACCCCCACCCUGCUUAGGUGGCAAGCCGAUUUGGGCUCGCCCGCAGAGGCUGAUGGACCCUGAUAGAUUCCGCCAAGCCUUGCAGGACCUUGCUCCCCCUGGCGACUCAUUGACUGAGCUUGUUGAGGGCUGGAAUACCCAGCUCCUGGCAGCCAUCGAUGAGAUCGCACCUAAGCGCCCUCUGCGACCCCGCAGAAACCGGGCUCCCUGGUUUACCGAGGAGCUCCGGAAAAUGAAGCGGGACCUCAGACGGCUAGAGCGAGUAUGGCGGGGUGCCCGUGACGGAGCCUCAAGAACAUCUUAUAGGGCUUUUAUGAAAACCUACGAGAUGGCGGUGAAGGCUGCUAAGAAGUCAUACUUCUCGGCCUCCAUUGGAUCCGCUAGCUCUCGCCCGGCGCAAUUAUUUAGUAUAAUCAGGUCUUUAACGUCCCUUGAGGGACAGCCAAAUUUAAAUAACAAUUUGACACACAGCUGUGAGGCAUUUGCGAGCUUUUUGCGGAGAAGGUCUUGUUACUCCGCCAUGACCUCCCGGCCAAUUUGGAUACAAUAAAGGAACUGGAGGCCCCUCGACUGUCCUCGGGUCCAGUAUUGGACCACUUCGACCGGAUAUCCCCAGUCGAUGUGGACAGACUCCUCCGAGCUGGAAAGCCCACAACCUGUCCUCUCAACCCGUGCCCGUCUUGGCUGAUUAGAGCAUGUCCAGACGAGGUGCGGGCCCUCCUGGGGGAUAUCAUCAAUUUGUCCCUUGGCACGGGGACAUUCCCAGGGGAACUGAAGGAGGCAGUGGUGCGCCCGCUCUUAAAGAAAACAUCAUUAGAUCCUUUAUAUCUAUCCAAUUACCGCCCGGUUUCGAAUCUUCCGUUCCUGGGUAAAGUGAUUGAGAGAGCGGUUGCUGAACAGCUUGGUGGUUUUCUGGAUGAAACAUAGGCUCUGGAUCCAUUCCAGUCCGGCUUCCGCGCUGGUCAUGGGACCGAGACAGCUCUGGUUGCCCUAACAGAUGAUCUUCGUAGACAGCUGGAUCGAGGCGGGUCGGGGCUGCUGAUUCUUCUAGAUCUGUCAGCAGCUUUCGACAUGGUCGAUCACGAACUUCUGGACCACCGCCUUGCCGACGUGGGGAUCCAGGGCACAGUCCUUCAAUGGCUGCGCUCGUUUCUCUCUGGUCGGGGACAGAGGGUGGCGCUUGGGGGGGAAUUGUCAUCGCGCCACUCCUUGGUGUGUGGAGUACCUCAGGGUGCGUUACUCUCCCCGAUGCUUUUCAACAUCUUUAUGCGCCCCGUCGCCCAGCUUGUUCGGAGUUUUGGGCUGGGUUGCCAUCAGUAUGCCGAUGACACCCAACUCUAUCUGUUGAUGGAUGGCCAUCCUGACUCGGCCCCAGACACACUGACCAGAUGUUUGGAAGCUGUGGCUGGAUGGUUACGUGGGAGCCGGUUGAAGCUAAAUCCUUCGAAGACAGAGGUCCUGUGGCUGGGACGGGGCGAUAUGGGAUUGGGGGGGCAACUCCCAUCUCUUGUGGGGGCGCAAUUAGUGCCAGCACCGUCCGUUAAGAGUUUGGGUGUAAUCUUCGACACCUCCCUUUCCAUGGAGGCGCAGAUUGCAGCUAUAACAAAGGCGGCAUUUUUCCAUCUCCGCCAAGCUAAGCAGUUGGCUCCUUACCUCUCUCGCCCUGACCUAGCCACUGUGAUCCAUGCGACGGUCACCUCCAGACUGGAUUAUUGUAACUCGCUCUACGUGGGGCUGCCCUUGAGACUGACCCAGAAACUCCAGCGGGUGCAGAAUGCUGCAGCGAGACUCCUUACGAGGUCUUAGUUGCGAGAUCACAUUCACCCGGUGCUAUACCAGCUGCACUGGCUCCCGGUGGAGUACAGGAUCAGGUUUAAGGUGCUGGUUUUAACCUUUAAAGCCCUAUAUGGCCUAGGACCCUCCUACCUACGGGACCGCCUCUCCUGGUAUGCCCCACAGAGAAACUUACGGUCUUCGAAUAAAAACAUCUUGAAGGUCCCAGGCCACAGAGAAGUUAGGCUGGCCUCAACUAGAGCCAGGGCUUUUUCGGCUGUGGCUCUGAUCUGGUGGAACACUCUGUCACAAGAGACCAGGUCCCUGCGGGACUUGACAUAUUUCCGCAGGGCCUGCAAGACAGAGCUGUUCCACCAGGCCUUUGGCCAGGGCACAGCCUGACUCCCUCCCUCGGCAAUCUUCGCGGAGCUCUGGCCCAAUGGUUGCCAGUGGCUUGAAUUAAUUAAUUUUAUAACGAAUGAUUUUAGACUGUUGUUUAUGCUGUACUUUUGCACUGUUUUAUUGUUGUUAGCAGCCCUGAGCCCGGCUUCGGCUGGGGAGGGCGGGAUAUAAAUAAAAUUUAUUAUUAUUAUUAGCUCAGUAACAUCUGGAAGGUCAAAGAUUGACCAGAACUUGCUUAGAUGGAGCAUCAUCCCUCAUGGAAAUGGUGGACCUCACUUGGCCUUUUCUGGAUUUUGUCAGUCUGCUUAUCAGCUAUAUAUCAUAGCUUCACUGUUAUAAAAUUGACUCCGUGAAUACUUCAUUUCUGUCCAAUACCCUGCAGUGGUGAAGCAAGCAAGUAUCUCUUCCACAGUGUGAACUUCGGCUAGACUUUCUGGUGGAGUUCUAGAACAGAACUGUUUUGGGCAAAGUGAUGCCACCCUACAGAAAGAUUGCCUGAAAUUUAUAUGCUUAGUGCCUUCUUGGAGUAACUUCUCUGCUUGAUGAGGUCCAUCAGAAGAUGGGCAAUAUAGGAAGAUGCUGUAUACAGUACUCAGUCAGACCAUUGACCUCCAUCUGGCCCAGUAUUGUGCAAACUGGAUGGCAACUCAUGUCACCAGGGUUGUAGACAUGGAUCUCUCCUGGGCCUACCUAGAGAUAAUACUGUGGAAUUAAACCUGGAACCAUUUGAACUUGAAGCAUAUCCUCAAAGGAGGAGGUCAGAAUCAAGAAUGGGGGAGAGCAGCAGCAGUUAAAUUUUAGGCUCAGGCAUUUAAAGUGCUGUACAUAGCUAUGGGAUGAUUAAUGGAUUUCUCUCACAUGGCUGUUGUGGGGAUGACUGCAAAGCAGCAGUGAUAUGGAAAGGAGGACUAAAAAGAGAGAAUAUACAACUCAGGUUCAGGGCUGCCAACUUGAAUAAAAUAUUUGGAGGCCCAGGUAAGCCCCAUCCUCCAAGUGUCCCUAUUUUCCAGGGACAUCCCUGAUUUAGAGAAGAUGUCCUGGUUUCUGAUUUGAUCCUGGAAUGACCCACUUUUCCUUAGGAUGUCCCUAUUUACAUUGGAGAAAUGCUGGAGGGUAUGGAGUUAGCCAACUCCCGAGGCAUCUGAAGCAAUCUUGUAUAGGGAAGUUUUUUUAUAUAUAUAAAAAGUUUAAUGUUUUAUUAUGUUUUUAUAUAUGUUGGAAGCUGCCCAGAGUGGCUGGGCCAACCAGGUAAGAUGCAUGGGGUAUAAUUAGUAAAAUGAUCGUUAUGGAAUGGGACGUCCCUAUUUUCAUCUGAGAAACAUUGGAGGGUAUGCCUGCAUAAUUGAUCACAUAAUGUGGUGCAUGCACACCAUUGUAUGGCAAUGCUCAUCAACUUUGGGGGAGGCCCCCACGACCCCUAAGAGUUGGCUCCUAUGCUCGGGUUCUUCACUCUUCAUCUCUGCUUUAUGUUGCACCAAUCCUAACUGUCUUGCGCAGUGCAAUCCUACAUAUGGCUUACUGCCAGGCAAGGGUCUAGAAUUGCAACUUCAGACACUGUUCUGCGAGGUACUCUGUUCCCACAAAUAUUACUACAGUACUGUUGCAGAGAAUAAAGUCAGACUUGAGGCCUUGUAUAUUUUCAACUGAAGUAGUUCCAUAGCUUAUAGAACUUCCGUAUUUUAGGUAUACUUUUAAUGGAACACAGUGGGUGGCUGUGUGCAGAUGUGUGCAACUGUGGCACACAUACACCCCUCAACCAUUUCCCUUCAUAAUGUACUAUCAUCAAGAAAGGGGAUGUGGUUAUGAAGAAAAGGGGACAUGAGGACUAGUUAAGAUAGGUUUGAUCUAUAGCAGGAGUCAGCAACCUUUUUCAGCCAUGGACCGGUCCACCAUCCCUCAGACCAUAUGGGGGGCCGGACUAUAUUUUGAAGGAAAAAAUGAAUGAAUUCUUAUGCCCCACAAAUAACCCAGAGAUGCAUUUUAAAUAAAAGGACACAUUCUACUCAUGUAAAAACACGCUGAUUCCCGGACCGUCUGCGGGCCAGAUUUAGAAGGCAAUUGGGCCGCAUCUGGCCCCUGGGCCUUAGGUUGCCUACCCCUGAUCUACAGCAUACAUAUACAGAGAUAUGUAGUACAUAUCUGUGGUAUACCUGGGAAUAUCCUUGCCUGAAACCAGUCCAUUUUUUCUGGGGGGGGCACAGGGCUACGCAUACCCCUAAACAUUUUGUGAAUCUAAGUUUGGCGUCAUUGAGGGGCAGUAUUUCAAUAUGAGUAGGAAAUGAGAGUACCCCUAAACAUUUUUUUUAGAAAAAAAGUACUGCCUGAACCCCUGGAGAGAUGCUGCCAGUCUGUGUAUAGACAAUACUGAACCAGAUAGAGCAAUAGUUUUAUAUUAUUUGCAGGCUUGACAGUACCUAGAAGGUGGAAAGAUUUGAGUCAACUUGCUAUCCGAAUGGCACCAGCAUUGAUGGGGAAAAAGUGAGACACAAGGUGAAAGACAGUGGUGAUUUUUAAAAGGCAAAAGGGAAGUUUCAAGUGACAUGGCAUUUUAAAAUAAAAUACAUAGUGUGGAAGGAACAGAACUGGCAACCACCAGCAACGCAUGGCUUCAUGUGGCAUGACUGUACAAGAUGACACUGUCAACCCAAAAGGAGAAUUCUGGUCAUAAGAACAACAAAUGCUUUACAGUAAAACAGAUGCACCCAAUGGUCUGAACUAUGUGUUACCCUCAUGUUCUGGAUGUUAUACAUUAUUUUGUUCUUGUCACAAAAGCAAAUUACUUUUUUUAAAAAAGAAUAGACUCAUUUUAAAGGAGCUUCCUCUGAAAAAAGAAUCCAGUCCCCAAUUGAUCUUCAGCUAGCAGAGGCAGCCUGUUUCCUUAGAAGCAAGCAGGCAUGAAUCAUUGCAGCAAAGAGCACCAGGCUGAUUAAUUUCUCAGUCCAUUAUUGACAAAGGCAUUAUUGGCUAUGAUGAUCUCAGAUAAGACACUGUCUUCCUUCCACUUGGGGGACAUAACUGAAAUGAUCUCAUUGGUCUGGCGCGGGCACAAACUGUUCUUUGCAGGUUGCUUAGGACAACAACAGAGGCAGGAGACAUUAGAUGGAGAAGAGCCUCCAUCCAAACGGCAAGAGGUGAAUUGUUUCAUCUACUGUGUGACUUUGCAAGGUUGAUGUUUAUUUAUUUAUUUUAUAAGAUAUUUAUUAAGGUUUUCAAAAUAUUACAAUAUAGAAAAAGAAAAAAGAGAAAUACAAAAAUAAAAAUAGUUAAAAACACUUCAUUCUUUCCAUUACUUAUCCUUCAUUUGCUUAUUUCCCGGACCUCCUCACGCCUCCCUUUUUUGUAUUCCAGUUCAGUUUGUUAGUUCAGCAAAUCCCUCCCCUCUUUGUAUAUCCUAGUCGUUAAUCGUAAAGUAUUAUAAUUUUAAAAUUUUACCUAUUAAUAAUCCAUUUUUUCAUAUUCCCUUAUAACAUUUCAGCUAAAGACCACUUAGUUUCAAUCCAACAUCAUUCUAACAUUCAUUAAUUUUGCAAUAUUUCUGUAAAUAGUCUUUAAACUUUUCCCAAUCUUCUUCCAUCGACUCUUCUCCCUGGUCUCGGAUUCUGCCAGUCAUUUCCGCCAAUUCCAUAUAGUCCAUCACCUUCAUCUGCCAUUCUUCCAAGGUGGGUAGAUCUUGUGUCUUCCAAUACUUUGCAAUGAGUAUUCUUGCUGCUGUUGUGGCAUACAUAAAAAAAGUUCUAUCCUUCUUUGGCACCAAUUGGCUGACUAUGCCUAGGAGAAAGGCCUCUGGUUUCUUCAAAAAGGUAUAUUUAAAUACCUUUUUCAGUUCAUUAUAGAUCAUCUCCCAGAAAUCCUUAAUCCUUGGGCACGUCCACCAAAGGUGAAAGAAUGUACCUUCAUUUUCUUUACAUUUCCAACAUUUAUUAUCGGGCAAAUGAUAGAUUUUUGCAAGCUUGACUGGUGUCAUGUACCACCUGUAUAUCAUUUUCAUAAUAUUCUCUCUUAGGGCAUUACAUGCCGUAAAUUUCAUACCUGUGGUCCACAACUGUUCCCAGUCAGCAAACAUAAUAUUAUGUCCAUCAUCUUGUACCCACUUAAUCAUAGCAGAUUUCACGGUUUCAUCCUGAGUAUUCCAUUUCAACAGCAGAUUAUACAUCUUUGACAAAAUCUUAGUUUUGGGUUCUAACAGUUCUGUUUCUAGUUUUGAUUUUUCCACCUGGAAGCCAAUUUUCUUAUCCAAAUUGUAUGCCUCCAUGCAAGGUUGAUGUUUAAACCCUGUUAGCACACAGAUUCCCCCUUGCAAAAACCAGUACAGUGGUACCUUGGGUUACAGACGCUUCAGGUUACAGACUCUGCUAACCCGGAAGUAGUACCUCAGGUUAAGAACUUUGCUUCAGGAUGAGAACAGAAAUUGCGCAGUGGCGGCACAGCCGCAGCGGGAGGCCCCGUUAGCUAAAGUGGUACCUCAGGUUAAGAACAGUUUCAGGUUAAGAACGGACCUCCAGAACGAAUUAAGUUCUUAACCAGAGGUACCACUGUACAAUGGUUUGUUAGUCAUUUAGCAACCAAUGAGGAAACGGAAACUACACACAUUUACCCUUUACAUUAUACUCAUACAUUUUCCCCAGACCUGUCUUUUACGAAAUAUAUUUUAACAGCAUGUCAAAAAAUGACCCAAAAUGUGAUGGAAGAGGAGUAUGAAGAGAGGUAGAACAGGGCAGGGAGUGUGGAGCACCUGCUAAGUUUUGGAGGACUAAGCACUGUGCACCUUGUCUUACCUUCUUCCCCAUCAACUAGACCAUGGGUAGGCAAACUAAGGCCUGGGGGCCGGAUCCGGCCCAAUUGCCUUCUAAAUCUAGCCCGUGGACAGUCCAGGAAUGAGUGUGUUUUUACAUGAGUAGAAUGUGCCCUUUUAUUUAAAAUGCAUCUCUGGGUUAUUUGUGGGGCAUAGGAAUUCAUUCUUCUUUUUUUCAAAAUAUAGUCCGGCCCCCCACAAGGUCUGAGGGACAGUGGACCGGCCCCCUGCUGAAAAGGUUUGCUGACCCCUGAGCUAGCCUGUUACCCUUGGAUGUUGUAGGAAGACACUAUUUUGCUGGCAGUGUUGAAGUAUGGCUGUUAGUUCGUCAUCUUCUCUAUAGACAGCAAAAUGUACUGAAACAGCUCUGGGGUGGAAAGGUGUGCAUGAAUAUCAGGCCAUCCAAGAGGGUAUCUAUGGUAUUAAGAGGGAUUUGAAUUUGCAUCUUUCCAAUCCUAGGCUGACCCUGUAUAACCUAUGUUGGGGUAGUGAAUCUGGUGCUCUUGAGAAGCUGUUGGACUGCAGUGCUCAUCAGACCCAGCCACACACUGUCUAUGGUCAGGAAUUAUGGAAGUUCCAACAUCUGGAGGGCACCAUGAUCCAGAGACCAAUAAAUUUAAUAAACAACAACAACAAAUUAGGGUGUCUUUUAGCUAUUGAGCCUUCUAGUUGCCUGUAGAAACAGAAAACCGAGUCAAGGGUGGGUGCUCAUGAAGGGUGUAAAAGGAUGGCACCCAUGCGUAGUAGUCCCAGGAAAUAGCUUGUGAACUUGAUGCUGUCUAUUCAGAGAUACCAAUUUUUGACUUAAGGGUUGAUACUCAUUUCUCCAUGGACAAAGUGUUGUUAGUGGUAGCAGGGCAUGUGCUGUAUAGAAAGAAAGAAGCCUAAGAAGUUACCCGUAAUCUCAUCCCUCUAAAGCAAGGUACUUGUGACAGUUGUCUCCUUUUUGUACAGUCCUCAGGAAAUGUAGAACUGCCCAGAAAUAGUAUUUCAGUUCUGGGUUUUUUGUUUGUUUGUUUUUAUGCCAUGUUGUUGUCAUUGUUUAGUCGUUUAGUCGUGUCCAACUCUUCGUGACUCCAUGGACCAGAGCACGCCAGGCACUCCUGUCUUCCGCUGCCUCCCACAGUUUGGUCAAACUCAUGUUCGAGAACACUGUCCAACCAUCUUAUCCCUUGUCAUCCCCUUCUCCUUGUGCCCUCAAUCUUUCCCAACAUCAGGGAGUCUUUUCCAGGGAGCCUUCUCUUCUCAUGAGGUGGCCAAAGUAUUGGAGCCUCAGCUUCAGGAUCGGUCCUUCCAGGGAGUACUCAGGGCUGAUUUCCUUAAGAAUGGAUCAGUUUGAUCUUCUUGCAGUCCAUGGGACUCUCAAGAGUCUCCUCCAGCACCAUAAUUCAAAAGCAUCAAUUCUUCGGCAAUCAGCCUUCUUUAUGGUCCAGCUCUCACUUCCAUACAUCACUACUGGGAAAACCAUGGCUUUAACUAUACGGACCUUUGUUGGCAAGAUGAUGCAGUCUAGGUUUGCCAUCGCCUUUCUCCCAAGGAGCAGGCGUCUUUUAAUUUUGUGACUGCUGUCACCAUCUGCAGUGAUCAUGGAGCCCAAGAAAGUAAAAUCUUUUUAUGCUAUAGACUUGAUUUAAGAGGGAGGAAGUCCUUCUUUAUCAUUUUCAGCCAUAAUCUUGCAAAGCAGCUUUCAAAUUCCCUGGAAUGAAGUUGUCAGAAAAGCCAGCCACAAGAGGGAAUAGCAGGAGACUGACCUGUCCAGAACCCAGGAUGUGGUCUGAAUCAGUCAGGACCUGGGAUGACUUAUAUCUGCUUUUGGAGCCACUUCCUUAAUUUUGUGCAUUGUAUAUUCAGCCUAAGCUUUUUUCAGAUUUACCCGGCAAAAUUACAAUAAUAUAUAUGGACCACCAGGUUCUUUGUUAGAAUUUUGCAAAACUUCAGUGAGUUUAUUUCCUCUACACUUCCUUGAAGGACUUGGGGCUCAUCCAGAUUACCUUUAUACCACACUUUCAAGCACAGGUUUGUACUUUAAAAGUUCUGUGUCAGAGUGUGGCACUUUCUCUGGAAAACCCAAUUGCUGCUUGCUCCAAUUCAAUGGUAAAACACAGGUUUUCCCAGGAAAAGCACCAGGCCAAAAAAUAAAAUAAAAAAGCCAUUAAAAUAUAGCGGACCCACCACUUAAUACUACAAAUUAAUAAUGCGGUGGAUCCACUCCCGCUAAAUGUCCCCAAUUAAAUAUAGUGCACCCACCUCACAGUAUACCAAUUACACGAAUUUCUACAAUUUACUGCAGAUUAUCUAGUGGGGGACUUGUGUGAGAGGGAAAUGUAAUGAUUUAGAGUACUAGUUAGGAUCUGAUCAACAAAUGAGAAAAGUUUUAUUAAACAAAAAAGUUUAUCGAACAAAGUGGGUCAGGAAAUGCAUCCCUUAACAGGUAUUUAAAAAGGUAAAGGACCCCUGACCGUUAAGUCCAGUCACAGACGACUCUGUGGUUGCGACGCUCAUCUCGCUUCACAGAUGAGCCAAGGGAGCCGGCGUUUGUCCACAGACAGUUGUCUGGGUCAUGUGGCCAGCAUGAUUAAGCCGCUUCUGGCGCAACAGAACAUCAAAACCAGAGCAGCGCACAGAAAUGCCAUUUACCUUCCCGCCGGAGCGGUACCUAUUCAUCUACUUGCACUUUUUUGGCGUGCUUUCGAACUGCUAUGUUGGCAGGAGCUGGGACCGAGCAAUGGGAGCUCACCCCACCACAGGGAUUUGAACUGUCAACCACCUGAUCGGCAAGCCCAAGGCUCAGUGGUUUAGACCACAGCGCCACCCGCGUAAAAAAUAAUAAUAUCCAGUAUUCAUUACCAGAGCCCCUGCCCUACCAUUAGACAGAGUGUGGCCAGUAGUGUAGUGGAAGUCCACGUUCAUGGGCAAAUGAUUUGGAGUACUUCAAUAUCUUCUUUUGGAAUGACUUAAGUUGCAUUUUCCAUGAGGCUUUGUUGCAUGAAGGAGAUGAUGGAGGUCAAGGGUAUGGGGAAGGCUGACCUGUGUGGUCCACAUGGCCUACCCUGUGUCCCUAAGCUAGCUUGCUGCCCACAGGUGAGAUGGAGGAUGCUCUCCUGUCUCUGUAAGCUUUCAUUUCCAGUCUGGUUUGCUUUUCCCAGUACACGGAAUGAAAGGCAGGUUGCCUGUUCAUAACUUGUUGUCAAAGGAUUGGGACGUUUGCUCACUGUGUCUGGAUGAAGGGUCCGCUCCAUUCUCAGGAUCCAGAAACAUUUUUUAAAAUAAGAUUAAAACAAAAAUCUAGAAACCAUAUCAUAAAAAGAAUAAUUUUUUUUUUACUCUUCUUUUUUAUUGUAUGUAGCUGAUACUUCGGCAGCACAAAAUCCCAACCAGGAAACAACUUCCAGCAAUGGAAUUUUCUCUCAGGGAACUUCCACUUCAGGUAACAACCUAUUAUUAUUUUCCAGUAGGGCUAUUUUCUCAUGUCUGCUGUUUCUACCAAUAGUGAUGACAGCACAAGAUUAAUCUUGUGCUGAGGGAGUUCGCACUCUAAAAUAUUCCAGUUAUUGAGAGGAGGAAGAUAAAGCUGAGGAACACCUUGUGUUUUACUUUUGCCCUGUAGGAGUCUUCUUGUCACUCAUUCCAGGAGAAGCCUGUACCUUGUCAUGUAUUGAUUGAGUUGCAUUCUUCAGCCCGGGCAAGUGUACUUGGAAGCUCCACUGAUAAGAUUGUGUAGGCAAAACAGAAACAACAAGUGUUGCAGCCCCUUGUAACUUAAAAAGAGGCACGUAGCAAAAUUCUCAAGGCUGCAGUUCACGCAUCCUUUAAGCUGGGGCUAGGCACAUUCCCACCCUCUCCUCCUCCUCUCUUAAUAAAUGCAGAAAAACUAGAUUUAUUACCUGGAUUCCUGCUGGCAUGGACAUGAAUCAGACCCUAGCUUUUGCACGUCUUACCCCCUACUAGAGAACCCAGGUGGCAUCAGGGGGGGCAGUUUCAGCAGCCUCAGACACCUACAGGCACAUUUGUACCACACAUAUAAAGCACAUGACUUCCCCAAAAAAGUCAUGGAGACUGCAAUUUACCCACACAGGUCUGCCAAUCCCAGUGUUCUUAACAAAUUACAGUUUCCACAAUUCUUGAGGGGACUCAUGUGCUUUAUACAUGUGUUGGUUGUGCUUGGAUAUAUGGUGCAGAUCUGCGAUAUGCACCAUAAACUUAAAGUACAUGAUGUCCCCCUCCCACAAAAAAAAAAUAUUCCAGGAAGUGUAGGGUGCUGAGAAUGAUGGCUCUGCAAGCCGUAAACUACAGUUCCCAGGAUUCUUUGGGGGAAGUAAUGUGCCGUAAAUACACGCAGUGCUUUUCUUCUAAGAAAAAAAGGUGUUGGUACUGUGUACAGUGUACCUCUGGAUACGAAUGGGAUCCGUUCCGGAACCCCGUUCGCAUCCUGAAGCAAACGCAACCCGUGUCUAGGCAUGCGUGGGUCACGAUUCGCUGCUUCCGCGCAUGCACAUGACAUCAUUUUGACCGUCUGCGCAUGCGUGAGCAGCAAAACCUGGAAGUAACCCGUUCCGUUACAGUGGUAUCUCAGGUUAAGUACUUAAUUCGUUCUGGAGGUCCGUUCUUAACCUGAAACUGUUCUUAACCUGAGGUACCACUUUAGCUAAUGGGGCCUCCUGCUGCCACUGCGGUGCCAGAGCCCAAUUUCUGUUCUUAUCUUGAAGCAAAAUUCUUAACCUGAAGCACUAUUUCUGGGUUAGCGGAGUCUGUAACCUGAAGCAUAUGUAACCUGAGGUACCACUGUACUUCCGGGUCGCCACAGAGUGCAACCCGAAAGUGCUUAACCUGAAGCAACUUCAACCCGAGGUAUGUCUGUACUGUUGAGAACCCUCAGAAGAAGAAAAAAAAUCACUGAGUAUACAGUAUGUCUUGGCAGUAUGGCCUACAGGAAACAGUGUAUUUAAAAAACAAAACAAAACUGGUCUGGUUGAACUGGAGGCUACUCCUACCUGAGCCCAUGCCUGCCUGCCUUACUUACAAGCAUUCCAGAGGGUGAAACUGUCUCUCAUUUUAAUAUCAGCAUUGCCGUUUGUUGAACGCGGCUGAGUUAGGAGGAUAGGAGCACAACUAGUUGGCUCCACCUGUUACUGGUUUUACCUGACGUUAGGCUCCCUGUCUUCCACCCUCCCAGUCCCAAUGGACACUAGCCGCUGCCAUUCGGUUGCAUGUCAGAUAUCAAGCUGUUUCAGUUGCUUAUCAGGCCAAAGGGGCCCAGCCCAGGAAAUGCUAGACGAUCACAUUUGUGCUCAUUGUGUCACCUAGCCUACGGUUACAUUUAGGGAAGUUCCGCUGUUUAUUUCUCCACUUCCUGUACAGGUUUCCUGUAGUGGGUGUUUGGUGGGCUGCUGCCCUCUUGCACUGUUUUGUGGGCUUCUGGGAAGCAUCUGAUUGGCCAGUGGCAGAAACAGGAUGCUGGGCUGAAGUGGUCCCUUGCCUCUGAGCCAGCAGGGCUCUUCUUUUGAUGCUCUGAAGCUCCAUUCUGCAAUCUUCCCCUCCAGAACCAUCAGUCAAGGCGUCCCAACAAACAGCUGCCUUUGAAACAACUCCUUAAAAUAAAACACAGCCCUUGCUCCAAAACAUUUUCUCUCAUCCACAGGAAGGGAGGAGCUUUUAAAACACACACACACACACACACACACACACACACACAUACACAUACACACACCUCCCCAGCAACUCACAUAUUAUAUAAAAAUGAAAAGGAGCCAGACCCCUGCAGUGUCGGAAGACUUUUUCAUGCUCCAAAAUGUUUUGAAAGAGUAUUAGGGUGGUUCUGAUUUUCAGCAACCUAGGCUUGGUCUCUGGAAUGUAUUCUUCCUAAAUAUCUCAGACCAGGAUCACAGCUACACAGGGCCAAGGAAAACAUUACUUUAAAAGUAUUCCUGCACUUAAUGUGCCCAUUCUUCUGCAAGGGUCAAGACAAUGGCAGGCAGGCAGGGGGCACUUAACCCUUUCCUGAUAUCCAAGAGUCCCCCCCCCCCAAUGCUAUUUGCAUUGGGAGGAACAAUCCUUGGGCUACACGGAGAAAUAAGUGCUGGAGAGAGGGAUUCCUCCCCCCCCUCCCGCAUUGUGUGUUUAUGUCUGUGUGCAUGUCUGCAUUAAGAUCUCCCCCUUUGUCUUACCAUAGUUUCAAUACUACUUUUCCUCUUCCUAAUGGCAACUGCUUACGUGUGCAUUUUGGGGUGUUUUUUUAAUUGCCUGUUAAAUGUGGUAAUGCAUGUGACCUUACAUUGAGUUUGGCUCAUAGUCUGUAGUUUAGUGUGGCCCAUGGUUUGUAGAAGAGAAGUCAAAUCUGCAGUGACAGCUUGUAAACUAUUUUGUGAUUAAAAAUGUGCUUUUAGGGCACUGUUCACUUCAGAUGAAGACUUCUUAAGAGUCAAUUCCAAGACACAGCAACUCCAGUUUACAGGAGCAAAGGCCUCUAACUGAGACCCUGGAGAGCUGCAGGCAGAGUAGACCAAUUGGGACCAGUGGUCUGCUCAGAAUAAGGCAGCUUCCUAUAUUCAUUACAAAGUGCAUUUCUGUCCUACCCUUCCUCUAAGCAUCACGGAGUGGCAUAAAAGAUCUACCUUCCACUGAGUCUUCUUGGUCUUACUCCAACUCUGCAUAACUCAGCUUUCUGCAACCUGGCAUCCUCCAGAUGUUUUGGAUUAUAUCUGCAGCCAGCACAGUCAUGGUCAAUAGCCAAUGUGUGGAGGAAAAUAUAUAGAGCAUAAGGGUAUCAGAAAAUGAACUAGGAGGAUAAGGAGAAGCUCUGAGCACAAGGCUGUUUUUAGUGGCAGCCCAAUGUUCUUUAUGAAAUGUACUUCUGCUCCUGUGGUCCUUAUAUUUUUGAUCCAAUUAAAGAAUGUUAAAAGAGCAAAUUAAUCUUCUGCUGUAUCUUGUUCUGCUUGAUAUGAAAAUAAACCAAGUCUCAACUUUUCUUUUUGGCAGCUCCACGUUCCGUUACACAAGCGCCAAUCCUGCCUUUCAAGAAGUAUAAUUUAACCAUGAAGGGUAUGUUUUCUCCUCUUAAUCUUGAACAUUGAUUGGUAGUAGAGAAGUCAUGCUAAUUUGGUUUCUUUUGCGUGGGAGUGGGGCAGGGAACCACAAGUAAGAUUCCAGCUAUCAUGGCCAUCGAGAUAAAUUUCAAAACAUCGGAUCAAAAUUUUCUAGAGUAGCUAAAAGCUAGAGAACAAAUUGAGGGGGUGGGGGUGGAAACUGCUUGUAUUUAAGGCUGGGCUGAGAUGGACAGUCUUGAUGAUGAUGCUUUAUGGACUUCAUGGGCUCCUUUGGGCUGUGUGGGCUACACAGCUAAUAAAUAUUAUUAUUUGAAUUUUUGCCAUUAAAUAAUUUUACGUCAAAAAGUAUGCGGAUAGAAACCAAACAUGUCUGACUAUUUAAGUCCAGAAUACAAAGUACAGCUUAUAGGUCGCUGUGCAGGAAACUACAGUGAACCAUGUAUGUCUGAGGUUACCCACAGAGUAUUUCAUUUUUAUAUCAGACCAAGCCCUAUGGUUUUGCUGCUACCCUUUUCUGAGUUGCUCCAUAGGGAUACAUUCUUAAACCAGUUUGUCAAGUGUCUCCCUUUCUGUCGAAAAAGAGACAGAGUUAUUUUAGCGCUCCUUUUUGGUCAUGCUGGGCAUGGACCCUCUUACCAAUGAUAUUUAAGCUGCUUGAGUAACCUUUUUUUUAGGCUGAACAGUCAGGGAUAAAUUGCUUCACAUAAAAUAAAUACUGAGUUAUUACGGAGGUAUUUCACAGAAUUUAUAUGGAGGAAAAUUAGUUGAACUUAACCCAGUGGAACUGUGAUUCAUUAAGAACAUAAGAGCCUGCUGGUUCAGGCCAAAGGCCCAUCUAGUCCAGAAUCCUGUUCUCACAGUGGCCAGACUCCUGUGGGAAGCCUGCAAGCUGGUCAUGAUUGCCGCAGUGCUUUGCCCACUUGUGAUUCCCAGAAACUGAUAUUUAGAGGCAUACUGCUUUGUGGACCUCACAGCAAAAGGCUUCUCUGUCUAGUUGUCAUGGACUAGUUGGAUGCUGAGGAAUGGUGGGAGGAACCAGCAGGGGAACCAAGGGAAGAAGGCUUAGAGCCCAGGGAGUAGUGGUGGGACAAUGAUGAGUGGUUAGAGGGAGAAGACUGGGAAGAGGAAGUGUUGGAAGCUGAAGACUUAACAGGGCUUAGUGAGCUGGGAGAGUCUGUAGCAGAGAGAAGCCCAGAAUUGGAGGCAGAAGCUGAAGCAGGAGAGUGGAAGGAGGGAGACCAAGAGGCAGAGAGAUGAGUCAGGCUGGCAAAGAGGCAUGGUUGUCUCUCCCUCCUGCUGUGACAAGCUCCCCUCCCCUCUUGUCUCCCAGAACCAGAAAAGGCAUGAACAGGACAGAGGACAGGUUGCCUGCACGAAGGCACAGUCUCAGAUUGCUUGGGAAAAAAUCCUGGGGAGGAGGGGACUUAGAUGGCAGUGAAGAGGGUUCGGGACUUUGAGUCGCGGCAACUGAUCUUCAUGGAGUAAGACCACCAGGAAUAAGCUGCUUUGCUCAUUAAUCAAGUCUGUUAAGAUUGCAUUUUUGCCAAUAAAGAGUUAACUUCAAAUUUGGACUGUGUUUACUGACUAGCACUCACCUGUGACACUUGCUGAUGCAAAUGUCUGACUUAUCUAUGCACUGGGAGCAUUUACUUCUAAGCAAGUCCCUGAAAUCAAUGGAAAUGACAGUUUUCAGUGUGUUUGGUAGAAUUGCAGAAUGGUAGGGUUUUUCUAAUGUCCUCAUUGCAAAAUUAAUCUGGAUUUAAAUUAGUGUAUGUGCAACCAAUAGUCUGUUGUUGUUUUUUAAAAAAAGUUACGUAAUUUCAUAUUAAAGUACUUUCUAUUAAGCACAUAACUUUCUUUUUAUUUCCCAUAGAUUCCCCCAAAGAUUCAGUGCUUAAAACCAUCAUUUUACAGAGUCCAGCUGAGCUCGAACUGUUGUGUAGUUUGGUUCUUAAGCCUUCUAUGGAUGUGGAAGAAAUUGAGGUUGUUUGGAAGAAGGAGAAUGAAACAAUAAAAAAUGACAGAAUCUUCAGGAAUGAAAGCAAGAACAGCUGGUGCAGUCGACAUGAGUGAGUGGCCUUUCUGAUUUGCCUAGUGUAUUACAGCGUUUCUAAGGAAGGAAGGAAGGUUUGAUGCAGACAGGUAUACUGGCAUUGCUCCCCCCCCCAGUUGAUGAUCUUCUGCAGGGUAUGAAAAAUGAUUGAUAUAAAACAUUGCAUUUGCAGUGAAGAGGAGAGCUUAACUAUGAGAGCCACAGGAGGGCUACUUCAAAGGGCAUCCUUGUGUCAAGUUUUUCCUUUCCAUUCACAAUGUGUAGUGGCAUUUACAUAGUGUCAUAAAGACAGACGUGCCCCAGGUGGGAGGCAUGUGAUCUACCAGGUGAUGUUGAAGUUCAACUCCUAUCACUGAUUUGCAUUGGCCAGUCGUUGGGGAUGAAGAGAUUUGUGGUCUAGUAACACCUUCAGAAGGGACGCAGGUGGCGCUGUGGGUUAAACCACAGAGCCUAGGACUUGCUGAUCAGAAGGUCAGCGGUUCGAAUCCCUGUGAUGGGGUGAGCUCCCAUUGCUCGGUCCCUGCUCCUGCCAACCUAGCAGUUCGAAAGCACAUCAAAGUGCAAGUAGAUAAAUAGGUACUGCUCCAGCGGGAAGGUAAACAGCGUUUCCGUGCACUGCUCUGGUUCGCCAGAAGCGGCUUAGUCAUGCUGGCCACAUGACCCAGAAGCUGUCUGCAGACAAACGCCAGCUCCCUCGGCCAAUAAAGCGAGAUGAGCGCUGCAACCCCAGAGUCGGUCAGGGGUCCCUUUACCUUUACCUUUAACAUCUUCAGAACCCAUCCCUGAUUUUAAAUUUGAGAGGUGGAGAUCUCAACACAUGUCAUUUUUGUUGGUGGCCACAUAAUGGGCAACUAAGUUUCACCUAAUGGGUAAAUAUUCACUGGAAGUUCCAUCUGUAGUAUUUUAUCUGUGGUGGUUUGUUCACACAAGAUGCACUGCCCAUCAAUUGAUCUGUUGCACGUGCUACAGUUUGCAAUCUUCCAUGAAUCUGGAAUAUCCUUGUUUUAGCAAUUUUGCUUUCACUCUCUAAUUCUACUUUCAGUUUUUGCUUUGUGAAGUUAAUUCCAGCUUCUUAUCACUCCUUUUUUUUAUUUAUUUUUCUUUAAAAAAAUAGUCAUAUAACAUCAAUUAUAUAAUGCUUCUUCUGUUAAGGGUAAAUGUCACAACAAGAGACCAACUUGGAAGCUAUACUUGUGUUUAUAAAACCAAACCUGAAGAAGUUAAUUCUACAUUUCAUUUGCAAGGUAAGAUCAUGAAAUGGUUGCUUCUUUUGUGAUCCUAUUUAUUCAUAGUGACAUAACCUAACCACAGGGUUUUAUUGCCCAGCUAUCGGUUUCAAUGAGCAUUUGUGCUAAUAGCAAUAAAAUCCCAUGAAGCCAAAUUGGGGGAGGGAGUUCAGCGUUUUCUUCCCUCCAAAAUACUUGUUGGGUUUCACCCAUCCCUGUUUAUGAUGCUUUGCUGAUAUAGAGUUAGUAGUAGCGAGAUCUCAUGGAAAGGUUCCACUGCCUUCCUGUCCAACUCUAUCAUGUAAUUGGACUUAUAAAGCAAAUGUGAAUGCCUGUGGAAGUGGGCUUUGGUACAUUGUGGGCUGAGCAUUGAAUAGCACUAGGACCAUAAUUGAAGGGAAAAGAUGGUGGAGGCAGAACGUGAGAAAAAUCCUCAACAAUCUGAGGGCAUGGUAUGUUGAUUUACAGUGGUACCCGAGGGUUACGAACUAAAAUGUUCCAGAGGUCCAUUCUUAAUCCGAAACCAUUCUUAACCUGAGGCGCGCUUUCGCUAAUGGGACUUUCCGCUGCCGCCGCAUGGCUGGUGUGUGAUUUCCGUUCUCAUCCUGAGGCAAAGUUUGUAACCCGAGAUACUACUUUGGUUAGCGGAGUUUGUAACCUGAGGUGUUUGUAACCCCAGGUACCACUGUACUUAUAUUCAGGGUUAGCCACAUUUUUUUGCCCCCAAACCAAAAAUAUUGGUUUGAUUUCAUGGGGAAUUAAAUGUAUUCAAUACUUAUGCCCUCUUUCCCAAGGUGAAAGCAGCUUGUAGUGAUGUAAACUAAUUGAAAUGAGAACAGCAUGAGUCUUGCAUGCAAAAAAAGUUGCACCAGAAACUAUCUGCAUGCAGAACUAUUGUAAAGGAAAACAGAAAUGGGCCUCAUUCAUUGUGCAUUGCACUGGGCAUUUAUUCUUUCUGUAAUAGGUACCCCAUCUUUCUGCCAAGGGGCUCAGGAUGCAUAAAGCCCUUCCACACUUUCUAUCCUUGCAAACCUGUGAAAUAGAUUAGGUUGAGAGACAGUGACUGGCCCCAUCUGCAUUACCCAUUAUGUGACAUUCGCUCUUGACACCACUUGACACCACUUACCGUAUUUUUUGCUCUAUAAGACUCACUUUUUCCCUCCUAAAAAGUAAGGGGAAAUGUGUGUGCGUCUUAUGGAGCGAAUGCAGGCUGCGCGGCUAUCCCAGAAGCCAGAAUAGCAAGAGGGAUUGCUGCUUUCACUGCGCAGCGAUCCCUCUUGCUGUUCUGGCUUCUGAGAUUCAGAAUAUUUUUUUUCUUGUUUUCCUCCUCCAAAAAUUAGGUGCGUCUUGUGGUCUGGUGCGUCUUAUAGAGCGAAAAAUACGGUAUAUUUUUGCAGCAGUUUACAAUAUAAAAACCAGUGACUCAAAAACACUAAACUAUGAACACAUGUAAUUAAAGUAUGCAAUCCAACAAUAACAAUAAUAGUUCUAUAAGAAAGCAUACCACUUGGAGCAAGCAGCAUUUUAAAACGUUAUCAUUUUAUCUUUAAGAUGCAUAUGUGAGUGCAGUACUGAAUGUAAUAUUUUCAACUUUUUUAUUAUGUGGUUUGUGUGGGUUGUUGUUUUUUGGGGGUGGGGGGUUGGACAUAGCUUUGUGUUUUUAAAUUUAUAUAUUUGUUCCUGCAGUUGAAGUUCUAUCUAAUGUCCUGAGUUUUUGUUUUGUUUUUGUUUUUCACUUUGUGUCCCCUGCCCUCUCCUUCAAACCUGCCCAGGAUUUGCAACAGUUUUUACUGAUGCUUUCCCUUUUUACUGAAAUGGGGUUGUAAGAAAGGUACCUUGGUGUAAGAUGAUAUUUUACUGAAGAUGCAAGUUGCUGAAUUAUUAAGAUGGGGCUAAAUAUAGAACGGAUGGGACACAGUGAUGGAUGCCAAUUAAAUAUUAACGAUGUGCUGCCUUUGUAUAGGCCAUAACUAUUUCAGAGUUGAGAGCAAGUAUGUUUUGAAGAACUUUCACUUGGACUCUUAAUAAAUUAACCUUCAAUUUGCUAGUUGCGUGGAUACUUGUGGAAAAGCAACAGCCAAACCAUCUUAAAAAGCAGCUGUUUUGCAGGAUUAGAAUUUCAUUAUUGCAGAGUCAGGUUUUGCAUUUAACUUGUGACCAAAGGACACCCAUUCAUUGGGUUUCAGUAAUACUGUUUUUUGAAAUAUUUUUUUCAAUGCUGCUGUAGCACCAAGGCAAUUUCUGAACUAGAUAAUAUCCAAUAAUGCAUCCUUCAUUUGCUGGGGUGGAUCUAGACACAGGUUCAAAAGCGAUAAAUAAGUCAGAAGUUAAAUUGUUACAACAAAAGGUGGGGGGAAGCCUAUGUAACAAUCCAUAUAAACUCCUUUUUGCUCUCUGGCACCAAUUGGUGUGGAUGUUUAUAAUGCAUGCAAAACGUACAGUGGUACCUCAGGUUACAUACACUUCAGGUGACACACUACGCUAACCCAGAAAUAGUGCUUCAGGUUAAGAACUUUGCUUCAGGAUAAGAACAGAAAUUGGGCUCCGGCGGCGCGGCGGCAGCAGGAGGCCCCAUUAGCUAAAGUGGUGCUUCAGGUUAAGAACAGUUCCAGGUUUGUAACAUGCAGAAAAUAGCAAUAUUAGAGAAACCAAAGACUGGAACUGAGGGAAGUCGGGGGGUGGGGUGGGUUCUGGGGGGGGAGGAAAAGUGGGGGGGGAAAUAAGGAUAUGUUUUUGGAUAAUAUGUCUUGUUAUAAUUUUGAAUUAAAAAAGGAAGGAAAAGAAAGAACAGUUUCAGGUUAAGAACGGACCUCCGGAAUGAAUUAAGUACUUAACCUGAAGUACCACUGUAUUGUGACGAAUGUAGCGAAGUCUCUCGUCAUUCCCAGAAGAAACCAGUUUACAUGCUGCUGGCAGAUAUGGCCACUUCAUGUAGAACUGAGGCACCUAUCAUUGUGUGCUCCAGAUCUGCUGGACUACAAUUUUCAUCAUUCCUGGCCACGCUAGCUAUGGUUGAAGGAGUUGUAGUCCAAAAACUCUGGAGGCCACCAUUUUGACUACCUGUGAGUCAUGGAGACUGUUAUGUAUUCAUUAGUCUGUGUGUGCCUGAGCUUGAGUCUGGACUAUGGAUUCUGAGCCCCUGUGUUCUGAUUUGAUACAUGAUAUCCAAUCACAGAACAUUUCAGGAUUUGGGCCAUCGACCCUUAAACUCUGAGUUACGAUUCGCAGCUUGGGAGUUUAGACAGCCAAUCACGGUGGGAGUGGGAGUGGCCCAGGCCUCCAGAAAUGUCUAUAAGCAGUUGCUUUGCCCUUAUUGUCCAGUUCUGUUAGUUCAACAAAGGUUCUUGCUGUUAUCACUGUGUCUUGCUUCAUGGGAACCCACCUACACUUCAGAGGCUCUGCAAUGAGAAAAGUGAUCAGGGGAGAGAGUAGAAAGCCCAAUCUUUGUUCAUCGUUCUUAUUGUGGAAGCUUUGUUUGUAUCAUGAGUAUGGAAUGUAUUUCCCUAUCCUAUUCAUGCUUCCUCAGAGGUCUACCGUAGUCAACUGCAGCCUUAGGCUGCAAUUUUAGACAUGCCUCCUUGCGGGGGUAGUUUCUAUUGUAUUCAGUGUGUCUUCUGAGUAGAUAUGUAUAGGAUUCUGCUGGUGAGUCUUUUAUUAUCAAGUGAAUUGAAACUGGCUUUUUAUAUGGUUUCCAGUGGUCUCCCAUUUAGCUUCAGCUAACUUGCAAAAUACAAUGGUGCAGCUAGUCCUGGAGCUCAGGGCCAAAGUUGAGGACUCUACAGCCUGUUUUCCCUUCCAAAUGAUUGCCCAGAGAAUGGCAAACAAGCUUUCUUUAAAAAAUAAAAUAAAAUCAUUUUACUGUAUAGUCAUGUGGCAGCCAGCCAGAGAUAUAUAUGGUUGCAGAUGUUGAGCUUAACUUUACUUUAAAAAUAUAUCAACUUUUUUGCAGCAAAACUGUACUUGUUCUCAAAUGUGAGUUGAAUCUGGGCAGCAGAUAUAAAUGGUACCAUAUUCUGCAUAGCCUACAAGUGUUCCAGAUAAACUGGAACAUCUCGUUUUUUAUCGCAAGAGACCGGCAGCCAUUUUGGUUGCUGGGAUCUUGUUCAAUUUUGCAGAACAAAAGUGCUUGGGGGGCCGAUCUUGCGUGGGGGUCAAAAAACAUGCAUUUGGUGGCACUGUACUUGAAAAAUAGCGCUUUGGGGGUGGGGAAUUGUGGUGUGAAAUUAUGACAACCAAAAUGGCUGGCAUGCUGUCAUGAUAAAAAAAUGGGAAGGUGGCAUCUGGGAAGAUGGCGUCCCAGAUUUUGGCUUUAAACUCUUGGAAUGUAUGUAUUCUGUAGUCAAGACGGUGCUUUGAUUUUAGUGAGUUUAAAAUGUGGAGGAUACAGUGGUGCCUCGCAAGACGAAAUUAAUCCGUUCCGCAAGAGUCUUCGUCUAGCGGUUUUUUCGUCUUGCGAAGCAAGCCCAUUGACGGAUUAGCGCUAUUAGCGCUAUCAGCUGUUUAGCGGCUAUUAAAGGCUAAAGGCUUAGGGGAUUAGCUGCUAAAAGGCUAUUAAAGGCUAUUAAAGGCUUAGCAGAUUAGAUAAAGGGGGGGGAAAGCGAAAAAAAAAUCUCUAGGCUCGCAAGGUAUUUUCGUCUUGCGAAGCAAGCCCAUAGGGGAAUUCGUCCUGCGAAGCAACUUCAAAACGGAAAACCCUUUCGUCUAGCGGUUUUUCCGUCUUGCGAGGCAUUCGUCUUGCGGGGCACCACUGUACAUGCUCUGUGUAUUUCAUUUCUUAUUUUAAAAUCAGUGGAGGCAAACUUCUUUAAAAAACAACAUUGAACAUAUCAAUGCUGUUUUAAAGCAUGGAAUGGGGGCAGAGGGGGCAGAGACCGAAGAAAAGUUCAUUGUGAGCCUCAUAGUUGAAGUAAUGCAUAUGGCUGUUGAAAGCUUUGUGCUGCCCCAGUAAGGCACCAUUUCAAAACACAAUGGGAGGCUGUGUCCAUGUCAUGUUCACUCUCCUCCCCACCCCCUUUUGGCUGACGCCUCCGCAGACCCAGUCGUCAUCGCUUAUUCUGAGCAGCGAAACAGUGCGUGCUAUCUAAGAAGGAAAACUUUCAUUAAAACAGAGCAGCAUGACAAAAGAGAUCACGCUCUGCUGACGAACAUUAAUCAGACUGAGAAGCAGUGAUGCUAAUCAGAUACAUUUGGUUUCGUGCUUUAUAUGCUGAGCUCUAAUUUAUCGGAGAGAUUAAAGCAAUGUUUUAACAGCGCUCUGCUUCUCAGUUGGCUGAACCCCUAUUUACACAAAGAAAGGAAAUGCAGGAAGGACAUUGAAUGGAUUGCUUGUAUUUGGCUCUUUUGAGGCCGGUUAUCUUUUCCUUGCUCGGGUUCAUACAUCCAACUGAGAUAAAUUAGCAUGGUCUAGGAUUGGCAGAGGCCCCUUCUGUAACAAUAGCAAAGAUAAGGAAGUAGCAGAUUCUCCAAGUGUCCCUAUUUUCCAGGGACAGUUCUGGAUUUACAAAAGACAUCCCAGUUUCUGAUUUGAUCCCAGAAUGUCCCGCUUUCCCUUAGGACACCCCUAUUUUCAUCAGAGGAAUGUUGGAGGGUAUGGAGUUAUUCAUAUGUGUUGUAGGUCCUUAGAUGCAUCCUUUCACAAGUGGUCUUUUUAAACAAACAAACAGCUGUCUGAAGUAUCACAAGUGUGUUUUGUUUUUUCCUUAGUGCCUGAACCGCAUGGAAAAUCUGAGCGCAUAAUCAGUUACGUAGGCGAUUUUGUGGUCCUGGCGUGUUUGGUUGGCAGUGAAACCCACCAAUAUAACCCAUCUUCCUGGGUUUGGUAUACAAAGAAUGGAAGUGAACAGGUGAAGUUCUGCUUGAUAAAAGACAAACACAUGUCAUUCAGUACUUUUAUAGAAAGCUCUCUUCAAAUGCAGUUUAGAAAUAGGAUAAGCGUUGGACACAGGGAUACUCAUGAUGCAGAAAAUACUUUCAUAAAGCCGUAUUAUUUUGAGGAUUCCAUUUUCUUUUGAGCCUAUGCCCUAGCUUAACUGAAAAUGCCUAUGGCUGCUUACCUUUUACUGUACAGAGCACUGAAAAGAAUAAAAUCUAUGGUGGCCAAUGUAUGCAUGAAAAGAGGGCCGACUAGGCAUGGCAAUUGUGAUUAAUCUUGAAUUGUUUUGUAGACAGAUGAAAGAGGAUAUUGGGAGGCAUUUAAUGAAUAGGGAAAUGAGUCAAAGUCUUAGUAAAGAAAGACACUGAAAAAUGAUUAUACGUACUCACGUGAUAUGGCAUGAUCUGAAGAGCAAAAAGAUUUUGAUUGGUUCAGGAUAAUGUCAUUGGAUUCCAUCUAUUAAGAUUGCUGUGAUCCUUUGAUUGGUGAAUUGAAAUCAUGUGAUGCUGGUAAUGGGAAACUGUUUAUGCUGCCAUUUUGUGACUGGUGGGCUGCCCUAUAAUUUCAUUGCUCGGUCCUGGGGAUAGGAAGUUUCUGAGAACCCUGCCCUAAAGAACUUUGGGCAUUGUAGGUUUAUUGAGGUACCUUAACAGAUUCCUACCACCAGUGCUUUUCUUCUAGGGGGAAAAAGGUGUUGGUAAUGCAAACCCUUGAGUGCCCCCAGAAAAAAAGCACUGCCUACCACUUUUACUAGACUCUAUAGUCCCCAAGGUUUAAAUUUGUGGACUAAGUAGUAGACUGUGUCCUGGGUAGAACAACAUUUGCCCAAGGAAAAAAUUAGCUUGCAUUCAAACCCUUGGCGCAAACUAGGCUGUCAAUCAAGUACUUGUGAAUUGCGGCAUUUCCUCUUCCCUUUCUGCUUUUCCAUUGCAUAUUUAGUUUCCCUGUUAGGAGUAUUCCAUUCCCAUACUGUAUUUAAAUUCCUACAUUCUGAACUUCCAAUGCUAACAUGAGUCCAUUUUGUGUCACCCUGCUAAAGCUUGUGAACUUGUUUUUGCACCAGGUGGCUAUUAAUACUACUCUGAUGCCAGAAAAGUACAUCAUUACCCAAGAACAUGCCAACAUAACAAAACUGAAGAUCAUGGGUCUCUCUGAGGAAGAUACUGGGGUUUACUCGUGUGAAGCUGUGUUUCCUCUAGGUGCAAGAAAAGGCGAAGUGUCUCUCAAAGUUCUCACCUAUAUGACACCCCUCAAGCCAUUUCUUGCAAUAGCCGCUGAAGUUGUCCUUUUUGUUGCUGUUAUUUUUGCCUAUGAAGCGUGCACCAAAAAGAAAGAAUUUCAAGUUGGUAAGGAGCACACUUUUGCCACACACGCCUACACUACACAAAUUGGAUUUCCAGGGUUCGCUAUAAUUCUUCAGUAAAACCCAAUAUACCCCAAUGUGGUGCCAGAUGUUACUGGACUACAGCUUGCAUCAUCGCUGAUAAUAGGCCAUGCUGACUGGAGAUAAUGGGACUUGUAGUAUAAAACCUCUGGAAGACACCACAUUAGGAAAGGCUGGGUUAACCAGUAAUCUGCAAUGUAAGAUGAUCUGAAAAGGGGCCGCAGGUUAGCCAAGCUUGCCCUAGAGAAAGAAAUGACAUAAAUCAAAUUGGAUGGUAUUUUCUAGUGCUUAGAGGACAUAGGAGCCAAGGUCCUUUCGCUCGUCCCCUCUCCCAUUUGCUGGGCAUUGCCAUUCAAAUGGUGUGUGAGUGUCAUGUCAUGUGAUCGAUUAUAUGGAGCAGGGCUUACGUGCCCUCUCAAUAUUUUAUUCAGGUGGGGACCCCUAUUAGAGGACAUGUUUUCCCACUUUAGAUAAGUCACGGCAUUAUGUAGGCAAAUAUUAUCUUCCUCUAUUUGUAGGAUUCGCCUUGUGCAUAUCUGGGCAUUUUCCAAAGUGGACAAAAUAAUUAGCAUUCGGUAAUUGCUGAAUGAUCAGUAAGUUUUGCUCUGCCUCAGCUGUGGCUGUGACUCCCAGUAUGUUUACAUUGUGCCAGUGAGAACCACUUAGACCUUAAUGCGCUGUCCUGCUGAUUUAACCUAGCACACCUGUUCUUAUGCUCCUGUUAAUGCAACGAUGGAUAUGUGAAAUAAUCACUGGAUUUUCUUUGUCUCACAGAAGAAGUUGAAAAAGAAUUUGAACAGACGGAGACCCUGUAAGUAGCAAUUUUAUUCUGCAUUCUUAUAUGAAUGCUUAAGUAGUGUGUGGUGACAAUUUAAGCAGCCUUGGCUAUUGAGCUCGGUAGGUGUUGGAUUGCACCCAUUAAUAGUGGCAUUUUCAAGAAGAGAAAAUUCUGUUCUUAAUUGAUGCCAGUUUGUAAUUAAAUGUAGGAAUUCCAAAUUAUUUAGUCCACCCCACCCCACCAUGACAGUCACUCUCAAAUUUCCAUGCAAAAAGUCUGUACAUAAGAAGGGCUCUCCUGGAUCAUGCCAAAGGUCUGCUCUCAUAGUUGCAAUCUGCUCUCAUAGUUGUCUCUAGAUGUCCAUAGGAAGCCCACAAAGCAGAACUUAAGUGCAGCAGAAUUCUCCCCACCUGUAAUUCUCAACAACCAACAUUCAAAGGCAGAGUGCCUGCAACAGUGGAGACAGAACAUAGGAAGGUGACUUAUAUCUGCUCAGAUUAUUUGUUCAUCUAGUGGCUUCCCAGAGUCUCCAGUACAGCAUACCAUCAUUUCCUAGCUGAUAUUUUUAGUUGGAGAUACCAGGGGAAGAUACCUACAUUGGGUGUGUUUCCUCCUAGAUGGUACUAUAACUCCCAUCAGUACUAGCAAGCAUAGCCAAUGGCCAAGGAGGAUAGAAGGUGUAGCUUGGCAACCUCUGGAAGGCCAGAGGUUCCCUACAUGCUACUAAACUAGUCUUUUUUUCCUGACAAGAACUUCUUCAUACAGCACAAUUGGUAUAUAGAAUUGACUGCAAGCUCAUGCUCCCUAAUAGAUGUGUUUCAAAAAAACUAAUGAAUAAAUAGAGAGGGGAAGAGGAAAACAAAUAUGGGAGCUGUACAUUCACUGGCUAAUGGGUGGAACCAGGUUGGUCUUCCCCUUGUUAUGGUAUUCUUCCUGGGCGGCGUGCUUUUCUCUGGUUGGUAGUGAAGGUUACCCAUGUGAAAGGUGACAACAGAAAAGUCUAUCCCGAGAAAAGGGCAGCUCGAAACAUAGGUAGAACAAUGAUUCGCCAUGUUUACAGGCUUACAUUAAUGUCACUUCUUUUGUACAGGAAAACGGAAGACAGCAAUGGUGUGGAAAAUAGUACCAGGCAAAGAAAGGUUUAAAUUCUUUGUGGAAGGACGGUAAGUUCAAAGUCCACUUCAAAGCUUUGGGGACUAUCACGAAUUUGAGCAAUAAGUACUGCUGUCUUGUUUCAGGGCAGCCUUGCAAUUCCCAAAUGUACAACUUCGCCCACCUUCACUGAAAUGAGUAGAAAAUGCUUUCAAAGAAGGAGAGGGAAAGGAUUGAUACUAUAUUAUUGCAAAAGAUUGUUUACAGUAUGUCCUAGAAACGGGAAGUUUUAAGAGAAGUCACCAUGAGGCUCAGGUAGCUACCAAAGAAAUGAAUGGGGGCUGUGCAAGAGCACUGCUGCUGUGGGGCUGGUGAAUUGUCCCCUUACUGGAGGCCUACACAGCUUCAGACCUAUCAAACUGACACAGUUCACCAGCCAUGCAUUGUGGCCAACCAAAGUUCUAUAAUGCUUCUGGCUCUGGCGCUUGCUUAAGACUGCAGGAACAAGGGGCGUAGAUGGUGAUAGACCACUCAUCUUAGUGUAUCACACCAAAAUUCUGGGCAGGAAUACCAUGACUGCAUAAUCUUGGCUGGCGAUACUAUUUAAAAAGUGAUGAGCAUUAACCAGUAUUUAAAUUUGUAUGCUGUCCUUCACCUGUAGAUUUCAGAGUGAUAAAAAUACAAAAUAACAGCACAAAAUACAGAAUAAUAUAAUAAUUAAUAACAUAACCCCAUCUUAGAUCGUUUGGUACUUCUAUAUAUAGUUAUAUGUGUUCUGUUCUGUUUAGAUGAAAGAAACCUAUUGGAAAUCUGACACACUGGAAAACUUCAGGAAGAUGCAGACAAUGGAAUCAUAACUACUUGGCUUCUGAUUAUGGUCUUUCUAGAUACUGUAUAUGUAAAAAUAGUGCUUUAAAAUGCCUUUUUAGUAAUGAAUGUAUGAAAUGAUGCUGAUGUCAUACAAGUACAGUCUGAACCCAUGUUGCUGUAUGCAGUUAUAAUCAGUUUUACCAGUUUGGGCCUCUUGGCUACAGUAACUUGACCUUAACUUUCAGCUGUGAGUCUUAAGUAUAUAUGAGAUGCUUUUUUGUAUAUGAGGCUCAGCACUCACUGUAGAAGUUACUCAAGGCUUCAACUGAUUGUUGUGUUAUGAAAGCAGUGCAGCAACAGACCUAAUCCAUACCAGCCAUGAAGAAAAGAUAUAGCAGGUAUACUGUUUGUAUUUAGAAUUCUACUGAUAGUAUGUUAUCUCUUCACCCCCUUUAACCCAGAGCAGGUUUGCACAAAUUGAGUCAAGAUGGCAACAUUUUAGCCGCUCAGAAAAUUUUGUGUAGACCCAAAUGCUGCUCUUAGAAUCUCAAGAAUCGCCCUUUUCUUUUUAGAGAAAAAAUGCUUGGAGAAAUCAUUUUAUAUGUUCAGAUAAUAAUUGAAGGGCUUGGAAACUAGACAUCAAAUAACAGCCCCUGCCUUUAGAUUUUUUUAGUUGUGAUAUUUUAACCAAUAGUAUUGUUUUCAAAUCUUUUCAUGUAGUAAUUCCAGGGUCCUGAGUUCGUCUGCCUGGCAAUAGAGGUAUGCUUUACAUAAGUGCUGGACAGCCAAGGCAAUAAGUUCUGGUAAUUAUGGUUAUGUUACUGAUUUAUGACCUCACCAAAGAAUUGUAAAAUUACCACAAAUCUCUGUAUUAAGAAAAACAAAAGAACCGAGACAUUUCUAAAAUAUUUUUUUAAGGCAAUUAUCUCCCAUUUCUUGGAUGUGUAGCUACAUAUUUCUGAAUCCUGAAAUUAAUCUUUUAACCUGUUGCACAAAUGCCCACUCUGAAAAUUGGGCUGAUACUGGUUACAUUUUGUCUGUCUUUUGAUGUUCCCAAGGAUUUUGUAGUAAGAAAAUUAUCACUAAACCUGAACAAGUAAGGUUAUCAGCCUCCAUCAAAUCUUCAGGGUGUUCAAACUCACAUGGACACUGACACAAUCAAGCCAUAGUUGAGAUUUAAGUGACAACAGCAUCCUUCACCUGAGUACCAGAAUUAGGACUGUGUAGAGCCUGCCCCCUUCAGCAUUAGGCAUGCUUCUGACUCCACCGCCAGACUCCACCAUCCAGUUUGCAUGGACUGCCUUUCUUGAAGGAGGCUAUGCAUAAGAAGCAGAGGCAUUCUUGAUGUAGACCCUUUGCCAAUGAUGGACACCUGCAGGUGGGACCACCAACAUGGCCCUGAGCCCAGUAGCUGUGUCAUCGCUGUACAUUCAAACAAUCCAGAACCUUCCAUCAUGUUGCCCAGUGUAGUAUAGUUGUUCCAGGCUUGUCAGAAAUCUGUGUAUAUAUUGAGCAUUAUGGGAAGGGAAAUAAGAGGCUGAUUAUCUAAACCUGUACAAUCGCAAUAUAUGUGCAACUUCAGUUCUUCAAGCUCCUUCAGAGGUUAAGUCAGGGGACAGUGUUUUCUCUUUUUGUAUUCUGUAGGUAUAAUGUGAAUGGAACUUUUAUUUCAUUAAGGACCAAAGUGCAAGCAGACAAUAUUAUAAAGGAUGCAUAAAUGUCUUUAAAGUCUACCUGUACUACAAAAUGUAAAGUCACUGGUUUUGAUGAGCAUUAAGGAGCAAAAUGGGUAAUGGUCUCUGGAGACUUCCAGGAUAUUUAUUUGAUGCCUUAAAACUCAUGAUACAAGGAUUAUUAAAGACCUGUGAUUUCUGUACGUCUCUGUGGGCAUGUGUGUAUGAAAGAGAAAUUAUCUCAUGCAGAUAUGCUGGAAACAAAAAUAUUUUGACAACAGAACGAUAUUUUUACACAGUGCCGUUUAUUGUUAUAUUCCAUAUCUAUAAUCCAGUUUCAUCCCUUCUCGCUUGUACAUAUGAUUCAAACUAACAUUCAAAGGAGGGUUGCCAAAUCAUAAAUGUAGAGAAGAAAACUUUAAGAAACAGUAGGCUCCCCUCCCCCACACAGUCUUUUGCACCAAAUGAAGUCUUCUCUCAAGUUCAAACCUUAACGACCUUGCAGCUGGUUCAGUUCCACAGUUUAUGAUCUCAUUUCUUCUAGCACACGCCUGUACUUCAGUCCAAAUUAAGCUCUAAAUAACAGGAGAACCUCUGCUGCUUAAUGGUGACGUUGGAGGGUUUUCAGAAGGCAAAGUGCUUUUUCACUCAGCCCCUCCCUGCCUCCCACAUUCCAUGCUGGAGCAAGAGCUAGGUACCGAGACGGACCUGGGAGGAACUUGAAAGGAUAAUUACCCUCAAUCAUCCUUGUUUUUCCUUUGCCAAUGAUCUCCUGUUGUCGUGGGAGCUGCCUCCAUUAAGGGGAACUGGAACCAAAACCAGAAGCCAAAGAACGGCACUUUUAGUGUAGAAGAUUAAAUUUUGUAAUUGUAUACUGGCUUACUGAGGAGUAGGCUCAUUUAACUUAAUGGGUUUACUUUUGACUAGUCAUGUACAAGAUUGCUCUGAUAAUUUCUUAAUAAAAUAAGUAAAACUCUUUUGUAAAAA